CAACUUCGUCAACACGUCUAUUCGGACCCCGUUUAUUCUCUUCAAAUACCUGCAAUUCCACCACUAAUCAACACCGCAUAUUCAAUAUUUCGACAGUCUGUUUAGGUCGCGCUUGAAGCAAAGUGAGUUUUUCAAAAAUUUGUCUAAGUCCCCGCGUUACACCUGCUCUACUAGUACGGGAGUUUUGCUCACAUGACUGCAUACAGUCUGACAUGUCUAGAUAUCGAAUAUCAUUAUGUCCUCUUAGACCAUACUACUCAAACACAUCCGAACCCUGUAUCGAUCGACCAACAUGGCUCCCCCUGUACGCUGCUACUGCAAAGUUACAAAGUGCAACAGGCAUUCUUGUUCCACCUCACGUUUUUCGCUCGCAUGAGCGCUCUGACUUAUGCCAACAAACUCUUGCUGAUCAGGCUAACUUUGCCCGGCGUGUCGGGCAAUGCAUCAUCUCACAGGGUGAUGCAGAUAUUGAGCCAGUUCCUCGAGGAUUUUCAGUUCCGUUACAUGAACCUCCCCCUCCCUUGUCUCCGGAGUUUCGUGACCCUUUGGCGGAUGUUGUAUUGGAUUACGGGGCACUUACAGAUGUAGAUUUUGGUAUUGCGACAUCCAGCGGCCCUCUGCCCAACCUUGGUCCUAACAUGCGCAGUCCCGAGGCUCUUAUUGCCGCUGUUGACCACUUUGACGCGUAUAACAAUGCGACAGCUGGAGAAGACCACACGGAUCUUUUGCACCUCCCUCACCAUCUGCUAGUGAUAUACGCACUUGUCUCGUGGCUUCACCUUCAGUUUCACCUUCCACGAGUUACAUGCAAUGCACUCCUUGCGAUACUGGCUUGCAUUUUACUCUCGAUUGCACCCGCCAUCAACACUCCUUUUAUAACGCUUCAAUCCAGCAAUCGGGUACUUGGUGUGGACAAGACUAUCUACACUCUUCCUGUUUGCCCUUCUUGCCGCAAAGUUUUCCCUCCUGCUGGUUCAGUGCAUACCGUGGAUACCUGUCCGAUCUGCCUCGAUGAUCUUUUCCUGUCAGAACACACUCUGCGGGGUAACCAACGAGCAGUCAAGUCCCCGAAGCAUUACUGGAUGGCUCGCCUUGAAGUGUUUGCACUUGUGCUACAGAUGCAGCAAUUCGCUGGCACUGGCAGUUCUACCCUGUGGACCCGAGUACUGCAUGUCUCCAGUUUGGUCCUGGAAAAGCAAGCCACCGCGUUGGUAUGGGGUUGUGGCCUCCACCUGGUGCCAAGGACUGCGAGCGAGAACGUGGCUCACUGCCUGAUGAGAAAGGAGUGUGCAAGUUUCCAUGACCAAGACAGGGAAGGUGUACGCUGCUCGUUGUGCCUGGGGAUGAAUGGGGUUUCUGCUAAUAAUAUGAUUGGGCAGCCAUGGUCCACUGGAAGUACUCAUCGUGCUGCGGCAAGUCGUCGUUGA